UAUCCAAGAUUCGCACGCAGCAUGUAAUUAUCAAAACAUGAAGACGCAAAAAAAGUCCAAUUUCUCGCUAAAAUCUGAGCAUACAAGUUGCGAAAGGAAGAAAGGAAAUCCUGCUGGCGAGCAUAAAAGUAAAAAUAAGUUGAAAUCUACGCAAGUGAACUACGUGGUGAAUCCGCGAAAGUUGAAAUUUCUCACUAACAAAAGAGCUGUCGAGGAGAAGCAUCAGCUGAUUCGUGAAGCCAAGGAAAAGAAGCGAAAGGACAUCGACAAGAAGCGGUCCGAGAAGAUUCAGAGAAACCGCCAGCUCAGUCAGAAGACGAAGCGUGGACAACCUGUUAUGAAGAAUCAGAUAGAGUUCUUGCUGAAGAAGAUUCAGUCCAAUUUGUCGCAGUAG